CAUCUCUAUCGAAUGUAAAUAAAACGACAACAUGGCACACAUAUGUGAAACCAAAAUGUUAAUUUUUCUAUUUUUGCUGGUUUCGCCGUCAUAUGGAUUCCUAGAUGGUUUAUACUGUGGUCUGGAAAACUGUUAUGAAAUUUUGGGUGUUACAAGAGAUGCAUCUAGGGGAGAGAUUACUAAAGGUUACAGGAAGCUGGCAAGGAAAUGGCAUCCAGACAUGGCAUCAAAGGCAGAGGAGAAUGAGGAGUUUACGAAGAUGUUUCAGAAAAUAGCCAAUGCAUAUGAGAUAUUGAGGGAUGAUGAGCAGAGAGAAAACUACAACUACAUGUUGGAUAAUCCAGAUGAGCAUUUAGCCAACUACUACAGAUAUUACAGAAGAUACGCUCCUAAAGUGGACAUCAGGAUUGUGAUAGCAGUUACCCUGACCAUCAUAUCCGUAAUACAGUACUGGGGUGCAUGGAACAACUACAAUGCAGCCAUUAACUACCUGUGUAAGGAACCUAAGUACAGGAUCCAGGCUGUUGGGAUAGCCAAGGCGGAGGGGCUCAUUGGUCAGAAACGGGACCGCAAAGACAAGAGAACUAAGGAGGAAAUCAGAAAUGAAGAAGAGGAAAUAAUUAAGAAAGUAAUUGAAGAAAAAAUGGACAUUAGAGGCGGCUAUAGCAAGCCUAACAUUAAGGACAUUCUGUGGAUUCAGCUGAUUCUGAGUCCGUACUACCUCGUCCAGUACAUCAUUUGGUUCGGUCGCUGGGUCUGGAAGUUCUGGAUCUGCCGGGAGGAGUACGGGGAGGAGGAAAAAUUAUAUCUCAUCAAGAAAUAUCUCAAGGCUAGUCGCUCACAAUGGGAGGCCAGCCCCGUUCUGUUCCCUCUAGCAAAAGAGGAAAAUUUUGAUGAAUACAUGAGGAAAGAGCUAUGGAUAAAAGAAAACUUUAAUGAAUGGAAGAGAGAAAAAGAGGAGGAGAUGAAAGCUAAAUUAGCAGAAAGUGCCAGGUAUAAAAGUUUUAGACGCUACAUGAAGAAAGGUGGACCAGGUCAAAUGUCAUUCGGACCAGAAUAAGCGAAACCAUGUAGUAGCUAGAGGAGUCUGGGAAAUUGCCAUGACAAUAACUAUUGGGUGUGUGGUACCAUAAACGUGUACAUUUACAAGAUUUAUUUAUUGAUGUCUACUGAAUGUGUGUGAAGCAACUUAUCAUGUAUUAAGAUCUUAGCUGGUAACAGAAAUGAGAAUGGUUUAUUAAUUAAGGUACCAUUGUGUAAAAUGUUAUGAAUCUCUUUUGAAGUGAAGUGCAUUUAUGAGCCAUUUUUAAAGCUAUCUGAAAUUUUGAUCUCAUUUCAGAUACAUGUAUAACAUAUCACAUAGGCAAUAUUGGUCAAUUUAUUAUCAAAGCAUUGGUAAGGUUGGGUUUUGUGGUAUAUUUUCUCUUCAAUCUGUCAUUCCAAAAAGUCAAAGAUAUUUUCAACUAAUUAGAAACAACAAAGUAUCGAUAAUUUCAAUUGUUUUUUUUUUUACAGAUUUCAAAAUGCGUAGAGAAUUUAUUUCAUCAUUUGAAACUCAACUUAACAUGCAUUUACAUUAAUUUUACAUGCUCAUACAGUUAAAAUUUGUGUUAUGCAGUUCAUAAUUUUGUAUGCACUACACUGUGUGAUAAGAAAAUUAAGAUCAUUACAACUUGUGUUGAUUCUAAUAACAUUAUUGAUUGGAAUUGACAUCACAAUUCCAAAUCUUCUGAACAAAGCAAUAAAUGAGAGUUCAAUGGGUUUAGUGAUACAUGUUUUCUUGUCUCCAUGUUAGCUUUAAGUCGUACGCUUUUUGAUGGAAAAUAAAUUAAGUAACAGUAUUGCAUUUUAAUCAUGUAUAUCAGAAUACAUACUUAAUAUGCUCUUGGUGAGUAAGGUGCCCGAUUGAUACCAGUUCAUUUCAUACACCAUGAUAAUAUUUGAACAAAGGUAUUUUAAUAAACUAUUUUGUGGAUAAAAAGUUGUGCCAAUGAGGAGUUGUCUGUUGUUGAUAAAUUAUGUCCUAUAUUUUUUUUAUUUUAUAAAAUACAUUAUGUACAUAUUUUGAUUAAAACCAUGCUACUUCAUGUAGUAGCAAGACUGUAACCUUAAUUUUCUCUCAGUAAAAUUUGAUAAAUGUAUGAAUAUGAUAUUUGGCCAAAGGUUGAGAUUUAUUUUGAUUUUGACUAAUGUUUGUGCUUAUUUUUGGUGCUUAUUUCUGUUGUGUACAUAUGUACAACUAAUUAAGAAUUGGCUUUAAAUGGAAUUUAAUGUAAUGAAUUAUUUUUCAGAUGUUAGGUUUUCCCUACAAUGCAGGAGUAAAGUGCAAUACUUUUGGAGUUAUAAACAACUUUCUGAAAGAUGUUCGAGUUGAAAUACUAGUUUUAACCCAGAGAUAUACAUUAGAGUUUUCUUUUCUUUUAUACAACUUGUUAUUUUGAUGGGGUUCUGGAAGGAUUAUUAUUCAGGGUCGUCUCUAAGAGCCAGGAGGUGGGAAAUUACCCCGCCUUAAGUGACGUAAUUAUCCGGCUAUUUUUUCAUUUCAAACAGAAUCUAACUACAAGCUAGACCUCCAGACCCCCUUCUACUUUUUUAUUUCUCCCUUCUACAUCAAUUUUUAGAGACAACCCUGAAAUUAUUAUGGUGUAUAUUGAAUAGUUUUUUUAAUUAUUGGUAAAAAGUUUCAUUUUCUUUGAUAAUUAUUUUAGUUUGUAUGGUGAUUAAUGUUCUUUACUUUACAUUGAAACCAGUUUCAUAAAUACCAAACUUUUAGUAUUCUUUUUUACUUUUCUCUGUGAUUAGAAGUCUCUCCAUAAAAGAAAAUGAAUUGAAAAAAAAAUAUUAGGAUCAAGAAGGGCAUUUGGAUUUACGUAGUAACUAACACUUAGAGAAAUUUUGCAAUUUAGAGAUUAAAUAAUAUAUUAGCAAUAGUAUUCUCCUGCUUCUGUUUAUCAACUGUUGUCGUUUCAUGACUAUUUUUAUGUAUAAAUGUUGUAAGCUGCAAAAGUGAAGCUCUCCAAGAAAAUUUUCCCAGGGAGGUGUAUACUGCAGCUGGAAUGUUGUUAGAUAUUGAAAGGCCUCAAAUUGUGCGUUAUAUUGAAAAGGCAUUUUUUUAAAGGAGAAGAAUGAUAGUAAGGGUGAAUGACAUUUCAAUUAGAUGUUGUGUUUUUCUUAGUAUUCAGAUUAGAAUUAAAAAGUAUAUAUUUUAUGCACUUGCAAUAAUUAUUAUGGUGAAAUAAGGAGGAGAGCAAGGUUUUGGGCUAGAUUGUUUAUGAUUUUUAUUUAGUGUGAUGGGUGUGUAUCUGUUUUCAUUUUACCUAUCACAUAUAUUAAGUCUUUUCAUUCAUUGUUAUAUUUUGGUCUUUUAGAAUAAAACAUUGAUAUCCCUUAAAAUGCUCUAUUGUAACAGGUACUAAAUAGUUUUUUUCACAGAGAGCGAGAGAGAGAGAGAGAGAGAGAGAGAGAGAGAGAGAGAGAGAGAGACUUUAUAUGGGUUAUUUUUGCCCAUAACAAUCAUGUCAGUCAUAAAAGAUUUACUCACUCAAUCCCAGUCAUUUUUGUUAAAGAGAUAUAUCCAUAAUUUUUUUUUGAAUUAGCCUUUUUGAAAAUUUCACAAGAACAAUUAGGAGAAGGGGGAUAAAUCCCUGUGUACAAUAUUCUGACACAGUAGUUUGAUAUCAAACUAUGAUCCCCUUGCGGAACCUCCAAAGUGUCUCUCCACAGCACUGCAUGCAAGCAUUUAUGUACGCAGUGUAAUGGAGAAACAUAUUUCAUCGGGUGUUACAAUGCAGGAAUUCAUAUAAACUACAUUUAUGAAAAGUCUUUGUAAAUGAUUAGAUUUUUUGUAGAAAAGAAUUUAAGUCCAAAUUACAAAAUUGUUUUAUAUUAAAUAAUAUUAAUUAUGUGGUGAUAAGAUUGUCAGAUAAUGUUAUUAAAAGAUUGAAAAAAUC